CAGAUAGAUACCAAAGCCGGACAAUUUUCUUACCCCAGCAACUAGAACAUCUCCAACCCCAACCCCCAACUCACAUCACAUGAGCUCAACCCUCUAGACUACGUACAUCACACAGACCUGGCCACGCUCAAUGCUCAACUGGUUGAAGACACUAUUUAUCCAUAAAGAAGAGUCAACCACCCACUCACGAAGUGCUAGGAGGGCAAGGAAACGUGCGAGGAAGGCGCGGACGAAACGACGCUUUGAGUUAGAAGAGGAACUCAGACGGAGGAGGAUGGGAGAUGGAAAGGUUCCCUUCUUUAUGGGGUCUGUGAUACCUGUUUUGUGGGGUACGCCGGGGCAGAGUGUUGAGAAGCAGCAUGAUCGGAAUACUGUUGUGAGGUAGGAUUGGACUCCAUCUAAGUUUGCAUACUUGGGACCUUGAACUUUGAUUAGAGGAGUGAGUAUGAGGUUUAUUGCGAUAUCUUGAGGAUUUGGAUAAUGGUGAUGGGUAUAAGCGAAACUGUUGUGCUAUAAUUCUUUUUGGGGGGCGGGGGGCUGCUCAAUAUAUUGACAAGAAGCACGAGAUCCUGAAGACAGAAAAGAAGAAGUUACCGGGAACCGUAGGAUAGCGGUCUCAGGGUGGGUUAGGUUACGAACAAUUGCUUAUUUGCACUAUCAACUAUAUAUGGCCUGGAUCGUGACUCUGUCAAUGAUAGUCUUGUCAUAAUGCCUACUGCUUCUUUCCUCUCCAAAUACCCAGGACAGUUGAGAAUUGUCCACUCAAUGAAUUUGCGAACCAAA